CUAAUAUAAAAUAAAAUCUGUUUUAUAUAAAAACAAUUGAAAUGAAUGAGUAACUUAUGUAGCUCAUAAUUGAAAUAGUAGUGAGAUUUGUCUGUUAAAAACAAUUUUAAUGUUUCUUCGUAAACACUCCUCAGAUGCAUCAACAAAACAAAAUGCAUCCAAAAAUUCAACAUGGCUUUUCGUAGUGAUUAAUGGCAGCCAAAUAGAUCUUACUAUUUAUACGACAGUGUGGGGGGUUUUAAGUCAAUUUUAGUUUCUAAGUGAUAAUUUGCUUCCUUUUUAAGUUUAGUAUAAGUAAAUCACAUGAGUUACGAUUAUGUUGAUUUGACUACCUUUUUGUCGCUCAUGGUAGGCGCAGGUGAGGCGAUUAGUUUGUCAAUAUUCAGAUUAAAAUGAAUGAAUGUGUUGUAACCGGAUAUUUGUUAUCUCAACUCCAACAAUGACAGGAUAUUUAUUUUUUUGGGUUUAGAGUAAUAAUGCUGUGUUCAAUAUGAAGGAGAUGGUAGGAGGUUGCUGUGUAUGCUCAGAUGAGCGAGGUUGGCCCGACAACCCACUGGUCUAUUGCGACGGAAAUGGUUGCACGGUCGCGGUACACCAAGCGUGCUACGGUAUAGUGACAGUGCCGACUGGGCCGUGGUAUUGUAGGAAAUGCGAGAGUCCCGAGACUAAAGGCAAAGUGCGAUGCGAACUCUGCCCGUCUAAGUCUGGUGCUCUGAAGAGGACUGAUACCGGUGGCUGGGCCCACGUGGUCUGCGCUCUGUACAUCCCGGAGGUCCGGUUUGGAAAUGUCACGUCUAUGGAACCUAUUGUUCUGAGGCUGAUCCCCCCUGAGAGAUAUAAUAAGACAUGCUACAUUUGCCAAGACUUGGGUAAAUCGCACCGGGCUACAGCUGGUGCUUGUAUGCAGUGUAACAAAUCAGGUUGCAAACAGCCAUUCCACGUGACCUGCGCUCAAGCCCUAGGUCUCCUCUGCGAAGAAGCCGGUAAUUACCUGGACAACGUCAAAUAUUGUGGUUAUUGUCAACAUCACUACAGCAAACUGAAAAAAGGCGGGAACGUGAAGACUAUCCCGCCAUACAAGCCAGUGUCGCAUGACAGCCAAUCAAGCGACAGCAGUUGCGAAAAAGAGGGCGAUCCACCAUCUAUGGCCAGUGGCAGUGGAACUCCGACGCAUGCAACUAAAUCUAAAGGGUCUGGUCGCAAAUCUUCCCACACAAGCGGAACAGGAUCCGGAAAGAACACGCCAAACGCGUCCAAAACACCGACCAAUACAAGCCAGCCUGUCGGCGGGAAACUGCACCAGCCUGCGGACAAAAAGAAGCCAUCGCCGUCUAGACGCGGAUCCUCUGCUGGGGACGGGCCGGGCAGCAAAGCGAACACGCCGGCACCGUCGCCGCAACACACGGCCGAGCUAAAUCCGCCGAGUGGGGGGAAAGCUUCAGGCAGCUCAACGCCGGUGAACACGAAAGUGGCGCCUCCAGCGGCGUCGCCGAGCAACAAGGAACCAGUCGGGGUCAUCAGCUCGGUCGCCGCGGCCACGGUGACCUCGGUCGCGGUCACCGCUUCACCUGCGAGCACGUCAGCUCCAGCGUCCGUGGUGCAAGCCCCACCAAAGCCCACAUAUCAAGAAUCGGUUAUCACGAACGCCGAAUCCAUAGACACCAAGCAAACCAAGAAGCGGAAGGCCGUAUCCGCGGCUAAUACGCCAGCGCCACCCAUAGACUACGCAGCUACGCCGCCGCCGCAAGUGCCAAAUGAGAUGAACUCUCAGAGCGGCAGUACUAUGUGGGAAACCGGUCAAGUGGCCAACGAGCAACAAAUGGACGCGGUGGACAAAGUUAUUAAAAAGGCUAAGACUGAACAGCCAGAGAUCAAUCCUCCGACGUCGCACUUCUCCAGCGUGAGCCCAGCACCCCCUCCGCCGCCGCCCCCGCCAGCUCAUAGCCCAGCAUCGCAGCCCAGCCCGAGUUUCAUUUCCUACAGGCAUUUGCCCAGCCCGAUGCCGGGACCAAGUGGCAUAAACAAUAUGUCCAACAUCAGGUCACCGUCUCAGCCACAGGGCGCCAAGAGCGACCGCGACGGGCAAGCCUCGCUGCUAGUCUCCGUUCCGCUGCCGUCCACGAGCCACGGACUCAACCUGUCGGCGCACACGCAUGCACAGGUGUCAGCAGCGCAAGAUUUGUGCGCCCCUUCGCCGCAUAUAUUCCACCAGCCACAAAAACAGGCGGCCAUGGAACCGGGAAUCCCAGCUCAUUCGCCGCAUGCAGUGCCCGGAAGGUCCACUUGGGGUGGUCUCAAUGUCUCCUACGAAAUGCAACAGGACCCCAAUAAACCUGGUGUCAGCGGAGUCGCCGGACCCAGCAAGGACAUGGGCGUGGGUCCCGGAAUGGGUCCCAUGCCCCCCGCCAUGAGGAACAAGAAGAGGACGGCUAUGGCCACCUCGGUCGUCUCUAUGGUCAACCCACCGCCAUCUAUGCAGUCCAGUGGACAAAACCUGGCCAACGUCCGUCGGCCGCCGCAGCCAACGCCGCCCCCCAUAUAUCAGGAGACCAUCAAGGAUUCUCCGCCUAGUUCGCCAAGUUCAGAGAGACCUUUAAAACCGAAAAUGGAAUCUAAGCUCGGCGCCAGCUGCACAGCGCCACACAUGCUCGGCAACGAGUUGAAUCCUGAAAGUGGAGCGGCGGCUCGUUUGCAAGAGCAACUGAGCGCUGAAUUAGCUGCGCACGCGGCGGGCUCGGCCGCCUCUGAUCCGCUCAUACCGCCGCCGCUGCUGAACAAGGCCGCUGCGGGUGGCGGUAGCUCGCGGUCCUCAGGCGCACAGAGUCUCGACCAACUCCUGGAGCGGCAGUGGGAGCAGGGGUCCCAAUUCCUCAUGGAGCAAGCCCAGCAUUUUGAUAUAGCAUCACUGCUGUCGUGCUUGCACCAACUUCGAACUGAGAACGUCCGCCUGGAGGACCACGUGGGCGGGUUGCUGCAAAGGCGCGAUCACUUGCUCGCUGUGAACGCGAGGCUCGCCAUACCGCUCACUACUGUGACCACGGGCCCGCCGGAGCCCAGCCGAUGCACUCGCGAGAACGGGUCGCAGGUUCGACCCCCGCAGCCGCCGGUCCGAGCUGAGACCAUCACUUCGGAACGAUCUCAUCAGCUUAUAAUGCGAGAAGUGCAACAGAAGCCCAGCUGAAAGCAGCCGGGCGGCGACGGCGAGCCGGGCCCGGGGCCCCUCGAGCCGCCGGGCCCCGUGGACCUGGCCCCGGGCCCCCCGCGCCCUGGGCCCGACGCGGACCCCCUACGGACCGUGCAAACUUACAUCAUGUUGGAGCAACGACGCCGGCCCGACUUCUCCAUCGAUUCCAUACUCAAGUUCGAUCACUAGGCGCAUGACGAUCGUGCGUAAAACAUAAUGCAGAUUGCAUUGUCAUUUUACAAAAAUAAAAUGCGGAUUUGACUAACAACGCACUUUAAAUGCUGUGAAAUUAGUGGUGUAUUUAUAGUACCUAGUUGGUAAUAUUAAAACUUAGAUAAAGUUAUGAGCGUACUAUUUUUGAAAUCUUUCGUCUCGACAGACCACCUAACGAUAAAGAAUGGUUUUGGCAUCUCACUCGAUAUUAACAGUGUCGUUUGCAAACGAUCGGUUUUAAGAAUAGGACAUUUAACGUCGAAUAUCUCAGAUUAUCAAGUGAAUUAUAUGUAGAUUAAAUGUAUUGUACCUAUAUUCUAUCUGUGGAAUUUUUUACCUUCUUACACGUCAUGAGUUUUUGGUUGUGAAACUCAAAUAUUUUCGUGUAAAGCUGUUUUGAAUUUUGUCAAAUCAGUAGCCUAUUAAGAUAUAUUUUGUGUACAUGUACAUAAUAGCGGAUACGGUAGCAUAUUCGCUUGGGCUUUUUUCAUUGACCAUGACGUUAAAAUUAUGGAAUACAUUUUGACAUUUUCAAGUUUUAUUAUACGACAUUUGGCUGGCCCACAAGGUCGCAAAUAUUUUAAAUCUUUUUGAUCUUUAUCUUAUUUCCAGAACUAACCUGUUAUUGAUGAUAUUCCUUAUAUGAAGAAACCCAAGAUUGAGAUUUGACUCGAAAAAUUAUUUGAAUUUGGGAUUCAUUGGUCAUAGUCUAAUAUAAUUCCUAAAAAUCAGACAGUUGUGGUAAAAUCUAUUUAUACGUUAUAAUUACGUACCAUAUUUGAACAAUUUUCGAGUAAUUGUAUAUACUUAAAUAAUAGGUUUGUAGCACAGACCCCCUACUCCCGUCUUAAAAAAAAACCCUAUCCAUAGACUAAGAUUGGUUUUUAUGUGAAAACUUGUAAUCACUCCUUACAUAUUACCAACGAACUUAUACCAUCUACAUGUUUGGAAGAAAUAUAAGAUGUACAUACAUAGUUCAUAUAUAUAAAAUGCGAACGAAAAUGUAGCAUCGUAUGUAUCGUAAAGUCUAUUUUAAGAUGAGUGUAAAUGUUGCACAUUUAUUUCUAUGUGACAUUGUAUAGCUUAUUGAGAAUAUAUUGGAUCGUAUUGUUCCAAUGCAACAUUUUAUUUGGUGCUCUAUAUGAUUCUAAUACAUAGUAUAUUUACCGAAAUUGGUAUUUUACUUCUAGAGUUUUCUUAACUUGGACUACUUAUUCCGUCGACAAAUGGAUUUUACUAGGAUUUUUGGAGCAGAUAAAUUUGACCCCACUCUCUCAUUUACACCAAAUACAUAAGUGGGGUCAAGUUUAUUUGUCCCCACUCAACAUGUAUAUUUGCAGUUGUAAGUUUAAAUAAAUAAUCGGUUAUAUAUAAAACUAGAGAAGAUAAGGCUGAGUGCAGACACAUACUGAACAAACUUUUGUUGAUGUUCAAGAGAAAUCGUGUCUGCAAUUUGGUAACGAAACGGAUUGGCGCAUUAUCAUAAAAAUAUUUAUACCAACCAUUACAAAGCGUCGUUUCCUUCAAUUAUUUUGCUUAAUCGUUGGUAUAACUAUUAUUAUGGUGGCAGGAUUGGCACUUAUACGUGGGUAUAAGUGCCAAAGAAACUCGUGGCUGGAAGCUACUGUAAUGUUAUGGUAGGUUUAAGACAAGUACUUAGACCAAGGCCUAAAUCAACCGGAUUUGCGAAUUAAUGUGGCUAAGAUUUUUGAGCCAAUGAAACUCGGACUAUACAACGUUUUACCAUAAUUUCACUUUGGUCAAUUCUCUAUAUUAUGUGGAGUAAAAAUUAUUAUUAACAUUAAUAAUGAUACUAAGAUAAUCUACCGUGGAGAAAUCCGUUGAUUAUACAUAUCGACUAUAACAGAAUAUUAAUUAUUUGCUCAUAUACAAUUUCAAGUGAGGGUAAGUCGUGUGUCAAGGAAAAUAAAGACAUUACCAGCACACGACGCGCUUGGUGUUGCCAGAAUAAUAAUUAACAAUGGACAUGAAAUUUGCCAAAUACAUAGAAGCAUUUGUAUACCGCGGAAGUAGAAUCAUCAUAGUCAUACUGGUAUGACAACAAGCAAACAGCGGUUGUAAAGGUGUAGCAGUAUCCUAUUCUAAAAAGGUGGACUAUCUUUUAAGUAAAAAAUCAAGAUUCUUAUAAAAUACCCUAUUUAUAGCAAAAUAAAUUAGACUAGCCUGACAUAUAAUCGGUUUCCGUUUAAUCAUAAAUUAUUUAAUUCUAUACAUUGUCGAAAUGCAUGUUCCAUAUCAACCGACCGAUUUUUAUAGCCGUCUCUUGAAUUAUGUUUGAGUAUGACAAAGAUGGCUGUACAAAACGUCCGUUUGAAGCAUCAGUUUUGAUUGCAUUAAAAUAAAAUAUAUAUAUCAUAUGUUUUAACACAUCGAUGUACAGUCGGAGGCAGUUAAAACGAACCCCCCUAUCCGUAAAGCUAACGCUAUAGAUGGAUCAGUUUUACCCGCCUCCAGCUGUAUGUACUUUCGUAAUAAAAUUAAUAUACUAUUCAAUGUUUGUGCACCAUAUAAUCCAAUAUUGAAUGUUGUUAUACCUCGGUGUUCAAUGUUUAUCUUAUAUUGUCUGUUACGAUACGAGCACGAUUAUAUAAUGUCCGCACAAGAUAAUAAAAUUAUUGUAACUUGUAUUUUCUGACAAGAAAAUGUUCGUCUUACGGUGAGGUGAGGCAACCAUCCAAUACAGGUUAGAUUCCCCUGCAAAGGUUGCGGAGGUCAGAUCGUGUAAAAACCUGACUCAGCCAAUCCAGCAUCCAUUGUCAAAGGCAUAUCCCGGGCUCCUCUACAGAGUGGUGAGGAUGAAGGGUAUUUUCUGUCAAGAAUGUUGUUUUAUCAUCUUGAAAUCUGAACUUUCAUUUUGCCUGAAAAUCUUCUCGUAGAUUUCCAUGAAGGUAUAGGAACAUUUUUAAAUAUAAUUGUCAUAUGUAUUAAUAUAUUGUCAUUGUAAAAUAUUCACCAACGUUCACAAGGUUAUCUUCCUUCUCUCUCUUACUCUUAGGUUAACCAAAAACAAAGAGAGAGAGAUAUGUAUGCUUUGUCAUCGUGCGUGAAAUGCCCCUGAUUUUAAGUGCACCUUGAAUUUUUUCCAUAUUUUGUGCGGACCUUAUUUAAUACUGAUUGCACAUAAUUAUUAUCAUAGCUGCUCUUUAGUCUAAUCGGACUAGUUUCCUACACUAGCCAGAGUACCUGAAAUGGGUACAACUUUAUUAAGUAUAUCACUGACAUUAAAAUAUUUUUUUUGACAUUAUCUUUUGUAUUUGUUUUUAUUUAUGUUUCCUGAUUUAUAUGGUCGUGGUCAUUGGCGUAUUAUAAAUGUUCAUUUCUGCUUUUAAAUAUAAGUUUUUACUUUCAUAUCUUUGCAUGAACCAAUAUUAAGGAACCGGAAAUUAUUAUUUUCGAAUCAUGUUCGUAUUUAUACUGAUUUCCAAGUAUGGAUCUUCGUGUAGGUCAAGGGAAAUUCCAAAAUGACGUUUUUCCAAUCAUCACGACUUAUAAAUGACAGUUUUACAAGAUUUGUGUACUCCGGUUCUAGAUUUAAAGUCUAACCAACAUAAACCUUUCAUUCUUCUUGAUAUAUAAUUGACAUUAUUUAAGUCAUCUUAAAAAUUAUAAACAUAUUUUUCAAGUGAAUAAAAUGCUUUGUUUCGAAAGUAUAUGUAUGUGAACGUUUUAAUUUUAUAAAUUCGAAAUUUUUUUAUUCGUCAAUCAUGUUUUAUUUGUUUGUUCCUGUUGAUUGUAAUUUAAAAUUUAAUUAAUAUGUUUUUGUAAAAAGGUACUAUAUAUAUUUUUUCCCCAAAACAUAAUUAUAUCAUUCUUCUUUUCUACAGUUUCAUAUAUGUAAACAUCAUACUUCAUGUAAAAGGUACACCUAUACUUUUUAAUAGCAAGCUCAUUUAGUGUUAAAUUAAUGUUUUUAAAAUGAAUGAAAUAAUUGAACGUAUUUGUCGUGGUUUAUCUAGUGAUCAAUUUGUGUAUCUUAAUAAUCAUUAGACAAAGAUAAUUGACUGCGUAGCUCAUUUUAUGUAUAAUUAAGUUGUUUUACAUUUCCAAAAUGUUGUUGAGAAUUGUAAUAUUAAGGCUCUGUGUGUAACGUACAUGCAACAAUAUGACUUGAAUGAAGACUGCUGGGUGUAAAGUCUGUAAAAAAAUAGAUGUAGUACAAAUUUUGUGUUUGUACUCUCAUUAGAAUAAUUUUAGACAUGUGGUAGGUAUUACCGAUUAAUUACCAAAGCAAUGUCAAAUACUAUUCCUGUAAGACUUAUCGACACUAUUAAUGAGUGUUUGUAGAUAUACAUUUUACAGACUUAGCGCCCUAGAAUAAGGACGGCUUCAGACUGACGGUUUCACAAUCCGAAUAUGAAUAGUGUUAAAAAUAAAAAAAUAACCCCUAUCUAAACAAUACCGUUCCGAAUAUUAAGCUAUUAUUCGAGAUUGAAAUUUUGUCAGUUCGUAGCCACUAGGGUGUGUUUCUACAGAAAUUGUACGCAGAAAUCGACCAAUCAGAAAAUAUUUUGCAAAAAAUCGAGCGACGUGAUUGGUUGGUUCCUUUAUGGGUCGUUCCUGUAAAAAUACACGCUUUAGCUUGAUUCGGAAUAAUGAUAAUUGAAUGAUGGAAUUGGCGAAAAUAUUUUUGCAUGUACAAAUUAUUCAACUGGUAAAAGUUGGUAUUUCAUAUGUGUAUUCUUGUAAUGCUACUGUAAUAUAAUAUAGAUCAUUAUAUCAUAUCAAAAUUUAAUCCGGUAGCAUUUGAGACUACAUUUUGGUAAAACCUCUUUUAUUUUGCAUUUAAUUUCAAGAAUUUUACCAGUGGGUAAAUAUGUUUAUAGAAAAAUAGUUAACGCUCAUUUGUACUCCUUGGAGAGUGAUCUCAGCAAUUGACUUUUGAAGUUUGCAGAUUGAUUGAUUACUGAUGAGUUUACAGAGUUUAACGUUAAAAGCAGAAAUUUUAAGAGAAAAGUUCUAAAGUAAAGUUCAAAGUAGCAUUUGUAUGUCCAACUUUUUAGGAAGUACUGCAUAUGAGAGUUCGACUUCAAACUGAAAACAAAAUCUAUAACGUAGUUUAGUAAAAAAAAUAUUUCAUUAUCUUUGCUCAUCAGUAAUUAGCAAUCUACGCGAUCAUCAGAAGUUUAAGUUCUAAUAGUAGAAACACGCGUAGUUCCUUCUACAACAAACGAUGUAUUUCUUAUUAAUAAAUGAAUAUUAUUAUA